CUCCUCGAUCUCACGAUUCUUCUCGGUCCACUCACAAACUUGACACAAGGAUCCGGAUACCUUUUCACUUUCCAAAAUGUCACAGAAAGGCGGCACCUAUCGUCCAUCGGACGCCAAUGUGGCUACGCAGUCCAGAUCUAGGUCUCCGACUCGCAGCCACGAGGACAAGAAGACCAAGGAUGGGGAAUCGACUGCAGACGAGAAAAACGAAAGCGACGCCGUUGCUUUGCGGUCCGAUUCUUCCACGCAGGCUCAAGGCCAGGAUGACGGCAAGACUGAUGGUCAGGAGUGGGCGGUUGUAAACAAGCCUCAAGACGAACCGAACACACUUAGUGGCGGGGGCGUGUCGAGUCACUUUGAUCUUCAGCUUGGCUGGGGCAGAUACAAGUUCACCUUGUUCAGCUGGGAUUUGAACGUCAAGAAGGAGCAUACUCACCGAGAUGGGGAAACAUAGGGUCGAAUCACAGGGACGAGGGCAGUUCAAUGCACACAAAAUUGCAAGCGGUGAGAUGCUGGUUCUGAGGGAACGGAAAAGAGCGGAGGAGG